AUGUCUAACGUUCCUGCCAUCUUGAACCCCACCGAGCAAGACAUCCAGAUGCUUCUUGCCGCUCAGUGCCAUCUUGGUACUAAGAACGUCACCACUCGCAUGACUCCUUAUGUCUACAAGCGUCGUCCUGAUGGUAUCAACAUCAUCAACAUCUCCAAGACCUGGGAGAAGCUCAUCUUUGCUGCUCGUGCUAUUGCUGCUAUUGAGAACCCUCAGGACAUUUGUGUGAUUGCUGCUCGCAACUUUGGCCAUCGUGCUGCUCUCAAGUUUGCAAAGUAUGUUGGUGCUGAAGCCAUUGUGGGUCGUUUCACGCCUGGCACAUUCACCAACUACAUUACGCGUUCGUUCCGUGAGCCUCGCUUGAUCAUUUGCACUGAUCCUCGUACUGACCACCAAGCCAUCAAGGAAGCUUCCUAUGUCAACAUCCCUGUCAUCUCUCUUGCUGACACUGAUUCGCCUCUCACCUUUGUUGAUAUUGCUGUGCCCACCAACAACAAGGGUAAGCACGCUCUUGGUUUGAUCUAUUGGUUGCUUGCUCGUGCUGUGUUGCGUCUUCGUGGCACUCUUGAUUAUGAGACUCCUUGGGAUGUCAUGGUGGACAUGUUCUUUUAUCGUGACCCUGAGGAAGCCGAGAAGGAAGCUGCUGCUGCUGAAGGCAAGGAAGAAGCAGGCGAAUGGAGUGGUGCUGCUGAAGCCGAUUGGGCUAUUGAAGGUGCCGCUGCUGAAGGACCUGCUGGUGCUGCUGUGGAUUGGUCAGCUCAAGCUGCUGGUGGUGAUUGGGCCGAUGAAGGAGCUGUUAGCUCCAGCUGGGCUGAUGCUGCUCCUGCCCCUGCUACUGGUGGUGGAUCCUCGUGGGAUUAA